AUGGCCUCGCAGCCAGUAGCAAUCGCCACGGUCGAGGAGGGCUUGCCUGACCAGCCUGGCUCCGAGGCAGACCAGCCUUCCGAGCCAUACACUGUCCUGACAAAGCUAGAGCAAUGCUGCAUCCUCGCCAUGAUUUCCUACGCCUCCUGGUCCGCGAACCUCAGCACCUUUAUCUUCCUCCCGGCCCUGAAGCCCUUAUCUGAGGCUUUCGAGGUUUCUGUUGACAAGAUCAACCUUAUCAUCACCGUGUAUAUGGCUGUUGGAGCCGUGGUGCCGCUCUUCGUUGGGGAUGCUGCAGAUAUCCUUGGAAGACGUGCGGCGUACGUCAUGACGCUGUCUGUACUUGCAAUAGCGAACCUUUGCCUUGCAUUAGCUGAUUCGUAUGAGUAUUUUCUGGGACUAAGAAUGCUACAGGCCGUUGGACAAUCUGGUAAGAGAACUAGAUUAGAUUCGUCCCAGGUGCCUGCCGUCUUGACAUUGACGAACCGAAAACCCCAAAGCAUUACCAUAGGACCAAGUCUUGGACCUGUGCUAGGAGGUGCCUUGACUUACGCUGCUGGGUGGACAUGGAUCUUCUGGCUUCUCACGAUUGUGACCUUCUCAGGUCUAAGUCUCAUUGUCUUGUUUCUGCCAGAGACAAAUAGGGGCAUCGUGGGAAACGGUUCAAUACCACCAGCAAAGAUUCUUCGGCUCCCGCUCCCAUUCACAGCCUUCAUGCAGCAUCAUAAGGUUGACACGAAACCAAGAGUUGGGUCUUCGCGCAUUCCUAAUCCUGUUCGGUGCGUUAAGGUCCUGUUCAGAAAGGACAAUGCAGUCGUUGUAGUAGCGUGGGGCCUGAUCCUCACAGCAAGCCUUUCAACACUCUUCAUUGAGAUAUACGGCCUAACAAAAUGGCAAGUUGGUCUCAUCUAUCUACCUUUCGCGCUCGGUGGGACUGCCUCGACGCUCUUCUCAGGAAAGCUGCUCGAUGGCUCAUACAAGAACGCCCGCACGAAGCUCGGGUUGCCGACCGAUCGUAUCAAAGGUGACGAUCUGGACAACUUCCCAAUCGAGAAAUCACGUCUGAAUGUCAUGUGGAUACCCAUGGCCCUUGUAUUUCUAUGCACGGCGGCCUACGGAUGGGUCCUACAAUACAAGCAACACAUCGCAAUAUCUAUGGUACUCCAGUUCGUGACUGGAAUGGCCCUGCAGAUCAACUUCAGUGUGAGACCCACUCCACCCCAGAUCCUGCUCAAUUAA